AUGUUUUCUUCAAAUCCUGUCACCACAAUAAAUAACUCAAUAUUUUCCUCUUCAGUAUGUUCCGAAUCGAACAAGUUCUACAGACGCUCAAUGGAGGAUUCCCACUCACUACUGCUGGACUUUGCGGAUAUUUUGGGCUCCGGCUAUUUUGCUAUCUUCGAUGGCCAUGCCGGCAAAAAAGCAGCAAAGCUUGCCUCAACGAUGCUUGGUACCUUGCUCGACCAGCCCUUUAAGUGCGAUUCACAUUCUCCAGACCAAAUUAGCUCUGCAAUUUCUUCCAUUUUUGUUUCGUUUAACGAGGAGCUCUGCACUUCGCUUUUAGACGACAAUUCAGGAUGCACCGCACUUGUGGCAAUAUUUUGUCCUGAUCAAACUAAUGACGACAUCGGGCAUAUAUACGUGGCUAAUUUGGGCGAUAGUUUGGGGAUUUUGUCAACAAACCACACCUACCGUCUUCUAUCUGCGCCACACAAUUGCUCGACAGAAUCUUCUCUGGUCCAUGAAAGAGGUGGUUUUGUAUAUGGCUCUAGAGUUAAUGGAAUUCUAGCUGUUACACGGGCCUUUGGGAAUAUUCAUUUGAAGCCUUACUUGUCUGCAAGUCCAUCCGUAUUUCAUGAAUCCUUUUCUCUUUCUAACCCUCCUCAUAGCUUGGUCCUUGCCUGUGAUGGGGAAGCAGUCAAGGUCGUUAUGGCCUCGUCUAGUUCUGCCGAGGCCGUGGAAUCUCUUGUGAAAUAUGCCGUGGACAAUAAUUCUACCGAUAACAUUACUUGUAUCGUUGUUUCUUUUAAUAAUUACAAGGCGCUUUAA